AUGGCGCUGCCAGACACUCUAAUCUCCUGCAAUGCGCUCCUCGCCCAGUCCGCGCAAUCGGGCAACGCGCGCCUAUCCAAGAAAAUCUUCGAUUCGAUGCCGUAUUGGAGCCUGCUGUCCUUCACCCCGUUGAUCAACGCACUCGCGCAGGACGGCCAGAUCGAUCUCGCCAAGGCGCUGUUCGAUGGAAUGCCGGAGAGGAAUCUCAUCAUCUGGACAUCCAUGACCGCGGCAUUUGCUCGGAAUGGGCAUCUGGAUCAAGCGGAGGAGCUCUUUGCCACAGCUCCACUGCGCGAUAUGAUCUAUUUCUCCACGCUGAUAGAGGUGUACGGGCAUCACGGCCAGAUCUCUAGGGCGAAGCGCGUCUUCGACGAGAUGCCCGAGAGGGAUCUUAUCGCGUGGUCGCUAAUGCUGGCGGUAUAUACCCAAAAUGGGCUUCUUGCUCUAGCGAGGGGUCUGUUUGAACAGAUGCCCGCCAGGGACAUGGUGGCGUGGACGUCCAUGCUGGCGGGCUACUGCCACGACGACAACCUGGUAAGAGCAAAGUUAAUCUUUGAUCGGAUGCCCCAGCGCAACCUGGUAGCGUGGACGCUCCUCAUUGCUGCAAAUGCCCACCAUGGUGACUCCAACGUGGCAAAGCGGCUGUUUGAUCAGAUGCCGGAGCAAAACGUGGUGGCGUGGAACGCCCUGCUGGCGGCCAACGUGGCAGCCGACUGCGCCGACGAGGCCGAGAGGCUCUUCCGCGCGAUGCCACAUCACAGCCUCAGCUCGUUCAACGCCAUGCUGGCGUGCCACGCACACAGCGGCUUGCCCAACGCGGCACUGCGGCUGUUCAACUCGAUGCCAGAGCACGAUGUUAUCUCGUACACGUCACUGCUGACGGCAUAUGCCAAUGUUGGGCAUUUGGAUCAGGCGCAGAGAAUAUUCGACAGGAUGGAGUGGCGGAGCUUGACGACGUGGAGUUCCAUGUUGACCGCAUAUGCCACGUCCGGGCAUCUGGAGGAGGCUGUCCAGUUAUUUAAUGAAAUGCCGCAGACGAUACUGCCAGCUUGGAACACGAUUCUGAGUGUGUAUGCCAAGUGGCGCCAACUCGACCAGGCAACACAGACGUUCCAUUCCAUGCCGGAGAGGGACGCUACGACGUGGGCGUUAAUGCUGGGAGCAAUUGCCCAGGCCGGGCAUCUUGACGUGGCGGAGAAGCUGCUGAGUCGGAUGCCACAUCAACACCUAGUUGGCCGCUCCGUGCUCCUGGCAGCGUUUGCUCACAACAGGGAGCUUUACGAGUCGAAGCUACUCUUUGACGAGAUCAAGCUGGCGGAGCAAAAGAUCGACCAUGUUUGCUUCCUUUCGAUCCUGGCGGCUUGCACUCACCACGGCAAAGUUCGCGAUGGAAGAUCGUAUUUCCUGUCCAUGGUUGGAGACUUUGAAUUGAGAGCCACCAAGCAGCAUUACUGCUGCCUUCUCGAUCUGCUGGGACGAGCUGGAUACCUGACUGAUGCCAGUGAUUUGAUCCAAAGCAUGCCUUUUGAGGCCGACGUUGUGGACUGGAGCUGCUUCCUUGGAGCUUGCUCGAGUCACAACAGCGUGGAGUUUGGGAGGGAGGCCGCGGCUCUGGCACUGGAAAAGGAUCCCAAGAACGUAGCGGCCUACAUCCUCCUCUCGAACAUUAACCAGCAGCAGCAGAGAACUCCUGUAGCUCCUGUUCCUGGAUUACGCAUCACUCCUCGACGCAAAUCAUGA